CAAUCAUAGACGCCGAGCUACAGCUCUCACGUUAUAAAUUAAACUGAAACAUGAGUUAGAGCCGAGAGAAUGAGAGAACAACUAUCGGGAAAAUCAACAUUACAUUGGACCUGCCAGUCCUUUCGUUUUUAUAUCUGUUUUCUCGUUUGUACAGGUGUUUUAUAAAAACUAAUAUGGCUACGUCCUCCAGCGCAGAACUGAGUAAGGCUGUCAAACAGCAGUACAUGGACCUCCCUCAGGGAGACAAAGUCCAAAUCAUGUAUGUCUGGAUCGAUGGAACCGGAGAGGGACUCCGCUGUAAGACCAGAACGCUGGAUUCGGAGCCCAAGUGCAUCGAAGAACUGCCUGAAUGGAACUUUGAUGGCUCUAGCACCUACCAGUCUGAGGGCUCAAACAGUGAUAUGUAUUUGAUUCCUUCUGCAAUGUUCAGAGAUCCUUUCCGCAAAGACCCCAACAAACUGGUCCUGUGUGAAGUGCUGAAGUACAACCGCAAACCUGCAGAAACCAACCUUCGUUUGACGUGUAAUAAAGUUAUGGACAUGGUUGAGAACCAGGUCCCUUGGUUUGGCAUGGAGCAAGAGUACACCAUUUUGGGCACUGAUGGACACCCAUUUGGCUGGCCCAACAACGGCUUCCCUGGCCCACAAGGUCCCUAUUACUGUGGAGUGGGAUCUGACAAGGCCUACGGUAGAGAUAUUGUGGAAGCCCACUACAGAGCCUGCCUGUAUGCUGGGGUCAUGAUCUGUGGAACCAAUGCUGAAGUCAUGCCUGCACAGUGGGAGUUCCAGGUUGGCCCUUGUGAAGGCAUCAGCAUGGGUGAUCACCUUUGGGCAGCUAGGUUCAUUCUCCACCGGGUGUGUGAGGACUUUGGUGUGGUGGCCUCAUUUGACCCCAAGCCCAUUCCUGGAAACUGGAACGGCGCUGGAUGCCACACCAAUUUCAGCACAAAAGAGAUGAGGGAAGAGGGUGGGUUGAAGGCCAUUGAGGAGUCCAUUGAAAGGCUGGGGAAGAGGCAUAGCUACCACAUCCGUGCCUAUGACCCUAAAGGGGGACUUGACAAUGCCCGUCGCCUUACCGGCCACCAUGAAACCUCCAACAUCCACGAGUUCUCUGCCGGUGUGGCCAACCGCGGUGCCAGCAUCCGCAUCCCUCGCACUGUGGGCCAGGAGAAGAAAGGCUACUUUGAGGACCGCCGCCCAUCUGCCAACUGUGACCCGUACGCCGUGACUGAGGCUAUAAUCCGCACCUGUUUGCUUAGCGAGGAAGGAGAUGAACCUGUGAACUACUAGAUCUAACUAGAGCCACACCUCUGGACUGAAUCCCCUUCGCCACCACCCUUCUCCAUUUUCUAAAUGGCUGAAAAGUCGAACUAGUACUGUAUUUGUUGUAAUUUUUCACUGAAAUUAUUCUAACCUUCUAAAUGGCUUAAAGUUGGCUGGUCAACUUAACAUGGAAUUAAAUCUGUUUAACAUAAAAACAAACAUUUAAUGAAAGAUGGUGGCUGACAGGGCAUUGUCUUCCCCUUUUGAGUUUUCUAGUGGGGAGUAUAACUGUUUUUAAAUCCCCAUUUGCUCUCGCGUUUCCUGCAGUCUGUCGAACUGAAAUAAACUAAAGCACAUGUGGACACUGACGACUAUGGCUGGGCGGCAUGUGUAAUUAUCUUAAUAAAACCUAUGGCUAGUUUGUACUUUAUGCACGUUGACCUGGAUUUUUUUUUAAAAAUCUGUACCACUUUAUUUCAAUGUCACUAUGUAGGGAGUGUUUUUAAACUUGUGUUUUGUCAACUUUCAGAUUUUACACUACUGGAUCAUGUUGUAUGGUACAUUCUUCACAUGUGUGGCUCCAAAUCCUGUCUUAUCCAUUUGUGGAGUUCCUGUGAGACUCAUGAAGGAGUUUUAUCCUUUCUCAACUGAUUUCUUGUUCUGGCACAUGAUUUGGUAAAACCUGAAUAUGCUGAACUUUGUUUUUAUUUAAACUUUAAUUUUUACCAUGA